AUGGCCUCGUCAUCCCCCGAGACCGAGGUCCCCACCCUCGACAACAUCGCCCAGAUCCUCCAACAUGAUACUCGCGUCAAACUGGCCGGCGUGGACGUCGACGGCAUGCUGCGCGGCAAGCUGGUCUCCAAGAAGAAGUUCCUCUCGAUCGUCGCCGACGGGUUUGGGUUCUGCUCCGUGAUCUUCGGGUGGGACAUGCACGACCGCACCUACUUCAAGGAGCUGGCGAUCAGCAACAAGGAGAACGGGUACCGCGAUCUGGUCGCCGUGCCGGACCUGCACAGUUUCCGUCGCAUCCCCUGGGAGAACAACAUCCCCUUCUUCCUGGUCAGCUUCCUCGAUCCCGACACCAAGCAGCCGGUGUGUGCGUGUCCGCGGGGCCUGUUGCGCACGGCGCUGGGGUCGGUGGAGGCGGCGGGGUAUCGCGCGAUGGCUGGAGCGGAGUAUGAGUUCUAUCAUUUCCGCGCGCCCAGCAGUCAUCCCGACCCCAAGCAGAACGCCUCCGCGACCGCCACCUUCCUCAAAGAGAACCCCGUCGAAGCGUUGCCGUCGUUGACGGAGGGGAUGUUCGGGUACAGUCUGACGCGGCCGACGCAUAACCAGGAGUAUUACUAUGGGGUGUUCGAUGCAUGCGAGCAGUUCAACUGCGAGAUCGAGGGGUGGCAUACCGAGAGUGGGCCGGGGGUGUAUGAAGCGGCACUCCAAUUCGGCGAAGCCAAAGAAAUGGCCGAUAAAGCGGGACUCUUCAAAUACGUCGUCAAAUCCCUCGGCACGAAGCACGGCAUCACGCCCACAUUCAUGGCCAAGCCACGCGAAGGCCUCCCCGGCAACAGCGGCCACAUGCACAUCUCCCUGGUGUCGCAAGAAGACGGAUCCAACGCCUUCUACCGCGCGACGCCGGACCCCUCCCCACCGUACCCGGACGUCGCCCACCUGUCGGACCUGGGCCGGCACUUCCUGGCGGGGAUCCUGCACGGGCUGCCGGACAUCAUGCCGGUGUUCGCGCCGACGGUGAACUCGUACAAGCGGCUGGUGGAGAACUUCUGGGCGCCGGUGACGGUGUCGUGGGGGCUGGAGCACCGGGCGGCGUCGAUCCGGGUGAUCGCGCCGCCGACGGCGAGCCCCAAGGCGACGCGGCUGGAGGUGCGCGUGCCCGGGGCCGACGCCAACCCGCACUUCGUGCUGGCGGCCGUGGUCGCGCUGGGGUGGCGCGGCGUCGCGCAGAAGCUGGCCCUCCCCGUGCCGCCGCUGUCGAAGGGGGAUGAGAUGGGCGGCGCGAGUGACCGGGGCGUGCGGCUGGCCAAGUCGCUGCGCGAGGCGGUGGGCGCGUUCAUGCGCGAGGGCAGCGUGGCGCGCGAGGUGUUCGGGGAUGCGUUUGUGGAGCACUUUGGCGGGACACGCGAGCACGAGUGUCGGUUGUGGGAGGAGGCGGUGACUGAUUGGGAGGUGAGGCGGUAUAUCGAGACGGUUUGA